GUCUGACUCCCAGGCCCCGGUUCUAUCCACAAUGCCGCAGCGAUCCGGGCAGCCGAAGAGAAGACGACCGGGGCGACCGAAAACAAACGAGCAUCCUGGUAUUUUUCGGGGUUUCGGGUGACCGGGGAGGGAUUAGCGGAGCCCCCCCGGUCUGCUCGCCCGGGGCCGGUUUGGCGGAGACGGCCUGUCCGACACGAGCGCUCGCCGGCCCGUUCUUACCGCUGGAGGGGAAAGGGGGACGAUGCUUGGAUCUCCCAACGCUUCCGCCUCAUUGGGUGGCAGGCGAGAGGAGUCACCUGUGGAGCCAGAAAAGGAGCAGGCGGCCUUAUAGAGGACUCUUCUGGGAUUCAUACCGUGACCGACAUAAACGCCGGGAGAACGGAGACAGAGGAAGCCGGGAGGGCGACCAUUCAUCAGCUGUAGGAGAGCGGCCUGGACCCGAGCCCCACGGGAUGGAGAAAUUUAAAGCGGCUGUCCUCCUGGGAGCCGUGGGAGAUGCCCUCGGCUACCGUAACGCCAGCCGCGAAAACAGCGCUUUAGGGACGAAGAUCCGGGAAGAGCUAAAGGCACUGGGAGGGCUGGACAAGCUGGUGAUCUCUGCGGACAAGUGGCCGGUCAGUGACAACACCGUCCUGCACAUGACCACGGCGGAGGCUCUCACCACAGACUACUGGUGUCUGGAAGACCUGUACCGCGAACUGGUGAAACGCUACGUGGAGAUCGCCGAGAAGCUUCCCGGCCGCCAGCCGGACCCCGCCACGGCUGAAGGAUGCUCGCAGCUCAAGCCCGAUAACUACCUGCUCGCCUGGCACACGCCUUUCAACGAGAAGGGUUCGGGGUUUGGAGCGGCUACUAAGGCCAUGUGCAUUGGCAUGAGAUACUGGAAGGCCGAGAGGUUGGAGACCCUCAUCGAAGUGAGCAUCGAAUGCGGGCGAAUGACACACAAUCACCCUACAGGGUUCCUGGGUUCCCUGUGCACAGCUCUGUUCGUGUCGUACGCCAUCCAAGGAAAGCCUCUUGUCCAGUGGGGGAGGGACAUGAUGAGGGAGAUGCCCAAGGCAGAGGACUACUGUAAGAAGACCAUCCGGCACAUGGCAGAGUACCAGGAACACUGGUUUUACUUUGAAGCCAAAUGGCAGUUCUACCUGGAGGAGAGAGGGAUUGCUGAUGAGAAGGGAAGUAAAGCCAUCUUUCCGGAUAAUUACGACGCCGAGGAGCGAGACAAGACUUACAGGAAGUGGAGUUCGGAAGGCCGAGGAGGAAGGAGAGGCCACGACGCCCCAAUGAUCGCCUACGACGCGCUCCUGGGGACGGGGUGCGACUGGCCGGAGCUCUGCAAUCGAGCCAUGUUUCACGGAGGUGAGAGCGGAGCCACUGGAUCAAUUGCCGGCUGCCUCUAUGGAUUGCUCUACGGCCUAAACAACGUUCCCAAAGGCCUGUACCAAGACCUGGAGCACAGAGAGAGGCUAGAAAACUUGGGCGAAGCGCUUUAUCAAGUAUCCACAGCGGAAAAGUUUGCGGGAGCUAAAAUGGACAACGCUGAGACGCCCAUGGACCCCAACGUGCUGAAGAAGAAGAUCGACAGGAUGGCCACCCACCCGGGGGUCUUCGCCCUCCUCAGCAACCUGCUGUUCUACAUCACCGACCGUGAGGCCGGGUCCCCCCCGGGGGCUGCCGAGAAGGCCCGGCAUCCCCCGGGCGGAGGGGGGAGGCCGAGAGGAGGCGUGGACCCCCAGGACGGCGAGGCCCAGCGGAGGCCCAGCAAAUUCCAGCUCCUCCGCUCCAAGUUCAUGAACCCUCACCGGGACCUCGCCGGGUUCAAGACGAGGGAGGUGGGGAGGCUGAUCUUCAAGGAGAAACCCUCCCCCGUCAGAGGCCGCGUCAGGGCCACCAUCAACAAACUCCUGGAGAAGACCCGGGAGAAAGUCGGGGCGGAGCCAAAGAACCCCUUGGCCGAGAAGCCCAGGUGGAUGAACCCCACGGCGCGGGGCACCGUGAAAAACAUCCUGAAGGUGUUCCUGGCAGCCGAGGAGAAAGAAGCCGAGGAGAAGCCGGGACCCGCCGGGGGCAUCCUGCCCAGACUGGUGGGCAAAAAGAACUCGGUCCUGUCCAAGCUGAAGGAGAAGUUCGAGCAGAGCAGCUUGCUCUGCUCCGCCGCCCCACCCGUCCGGAAGGCCGGAGGGGACCAGCGGAAGACGAGAGGUGUGCAGAAGAGGAAAGUCCACAAGCCGGAAAUUCGGGUGCUGCAGCUGGUGUCUCUGGCCGGCACGUGCCUGGGACGCCCGCCCGCCCAGCAGCUGGCCCCCUCGGCCGAGCCCAUGCCGGCCUUCAGCCUGGCGACGGUGGUCAGCAGCCCUUGGCGGUGGCUGGCCCCCAGGGCGGGCGUAGGUCCGAUGCGGGCACUCGAGGCCCCACGGGCAUCCACGCACAAGGCUCCUGGUACGGGCCGGCUGGAGGCGGGUGACCACGAGAAGCCAGGAGACGGAUCGCCCCGCGGCUUCUGUCCUCUGGAAGCCUCCCACUCAGACGUACCUACCCGGGGGCCACCGGUCCGGCCUGAAAUAGCUUUUCCCGACUUGGAACCAGAUCUCUUUCCCAAGCCGGACGUCCCAUCUGCCAUCUGGGAUGCCGGAACCAACCCCCUUCUUGACCCGGGCAGUGUGGGAGCUGUCUGGAGUCAAGGGUCAGCACCGGGAGACAGCCACGCCUCAGGGCACUGUGGGGAGGCUAGCCCCCUGGCCCCACUGUCCCUCUCCAACGAGGGACCGGCCACCGGCUUGGCCAUUCCCCAGGGUGCGGAAGGCGGGGAGAUUCCCCAAAUUACAAUGAGCGUCUGCAUCUCGGCCGAGGAUACAGGAAUGGCGAGCCCGGGCUCAGAAAGAGAUGCCCUCUUUGCGACCCAAGAGUGUUUGCUGGAACAGAAAGUCUCAGAAGAGAUCCCACCCUUUCACUACCCCGCCGUCGGGGCUUCGCGGAACGUCCAGCCCACGAUCGACCCCCCGCAAGUCACCAUCAGUCUCCCGGUCAUUUAUCAGAUGCCACCGCCUCCGGUCAGGCCCCAAAACACAUCCAGUGUGGAAAGGAAACAUCCUCAGGGGGUGGAAGAAAGACUGGAAAAUACCCAGGGAUCCAUCCCUGGAACUCCCAGAAAUCCCUGCAGAGCAGCAGCGGUGCCAGGCAGCCAUGAUCGGUGGCAAACCCAGCCGGGCCCUCAUCCCGAGCACACCAAACCAAAGGCCCGAGAAACCCAAAUGAGCGGAGUGGAUCCUGGUGUCCCAGGGAGACUUCUGGCCCCAGAGUCUCCCACUGGUCACCCACCAGCUAAGGGGAAAUCCCCUCCGGAAGAAAUGUUUCACAGGCCGCCGUCAACUGAGGAACAGGAAACCAAGUCCGGGAGGAAGCCGGACACCUGUCUGGAUCUGGAUAAGGACCAGUUGCCGGCACCAGAAAGAUGGACCAAACCAAAGUCCAGAACCGCAGGUGAGGGGGACAUGGCGGGUCACCCGAGGGUGAAACAAGCACCGUCGAGAGGCCUCACAGAGCGAGAGAAUCUCAGUGGAGCCUUGGGGAAUGAAGAGGGCUGCGAAGUGUCACCCCGGAAAGCCUUUGCCGAGACGUCAAAUAUGACUGAAGAAAAUACCAGUCAUCACUUGGGCAGCUACAAAUUGCCCAAACUGAACACCUUGGCAGAGUCUGACAGGAAAGCCACCUCAGAGACGAAGCCUGAAAGCAACCUGAAGAAAGCCCCUGGUAUGGCAAUGCUUGCCACCGGGAGCCGUGAUGAUAAUAUUGCUAAAGAGAUGAAUUUUGAGACUGUGUCUGAGUCCCAGGAGUCAUCCCCAGAUUAUUUGGUGGCUUGUGGAAACGGUAUUAUUGAACAGAAACCCUCUCUGAAACUCGAGGGGCAACAAUUACUUUCAUCCACUCAGUUAGCGAGGCACAAAACCGAUACUGCGGCAGAAAUAAGACACUUGAGCGAUGACAGAAAGAACCAGAUUUCCAUAUUAGAUCGUCCGGUGGUCCGUGACACCGGCAACCCGGAAGAUGAUACCUGUCCUAAAUGGGAGAAGCUGAUUUCUUCCGAUGUAUCGCUAAAGGACAAAAACGAUUCGACAGAGGAGACCAAGUCUUUAGGGAAUCCUGAAAAGUACCAGAUUUCGGCAUCGAAUCGCUCCAUUAGAGUGGAAAAUGUUUCAAAAGGGAAUUCUGAAAAACAAUCACUGCCUCCGAAUGACCUGGGGCAGAGCCAAAAAUAUACUGAGGCGGCAAAGGGUCCCUUUUCUAGCACAAAGGAACGUGGAAGGCCUCUAUUAGGAGUCGAGGAGAGGCACGGAAAAGAUCUGGCCAGCAAGGACACCUGCCAUGAGUUGGACAGCGGUCCACGGCCUGCCUCGGUUGGCCGGGCAGAGCAGAAAAGCAACGUGCCCUCGGAAGCGAGGAUCUCACGGAAUCCCGAGUCACAUACGGGUCCAGCAUCUAGACCCGGAACCGGUAUCCCUCAAGGGGAGAAGAACAAUCUGCAGUUACCUCAGCCCGGUGGAUUUUCAAAGCCCAAAUCCAGCCUUCCACGAGAAGGGAAUGUUUCGGCCAAUUUGGGAGGAGGGCAGAUCCCCUUACCAGAGGUCUCGGGGAAGCUGGUAAAACCUUAUGGACAGGAGAAUCCCAUGUAUAAGUGGUUUUCCCCACCUGUUGGUGGGGAGAACAGGGCGGAUUUUGCAGGGGAGAAGGUCUCUUCAGGCCACUCUCAAGGAAAUCAGACACCACUGUCAGUGGAUCUGGGGAAUCACGAAAACAAGCUUUCAGAGGUGAGGGAAGUCUGUCCCGAUUUGGGACAGUCUGUCCCGACUUGUCUGUACGCGCCCAGUGACUUGGGGAAGUCCACAGAUAAUUCGACACAGAGGAAGAGAGCGCUGACUUCCCUUCAGAGCCAUUCGGUCCCUUCGAGCGAUACCAAAAGCUCUAGAAGUGAUCCGUCCUUGGGGAAAACGAAAUCUGUGACGUCGGCACCCCAGAAUCACACCUCACCUACUAGAGAUUUGGGGAAGCCUACCGACAGCGUUUCAGCAGCGAGAGACACCUUGGAUAAGAAGGAGCAAUAUCAAAGAUCCAGUUCAAGCAAUAUUGAAAACCCCAGAACCAAACAGAAAGUUAUUCCAGAAAAUACAGACAAGGCCUAUGGAUCACCAAGCAAAGAUUCAGAGAGACUGAGCUCCGUGGAAGCCAGAAGAUCAUGCCAGGAAUCCGGAAAGUACAAAAUACCAUCGUCUAGCAACCUGGAGAGGUAUAAAAACAAUCCAGAAAAGGAGAAAGAAAUUUGGAGUCGAACAGGCAGUGGGCUUGACGGGUCGUUGCAGGUCAAAGAACACAAGAGGUUGAAAGAAUUAGCUAAAUAUAAGGCACAAAGCUUCAGUGACCAAGAAUCUUUUGAUUUAUCCUUCAAACCGAUGGUUGUUACAGUGUUGGAUACCUUUAAGAUUCCCAAACAAGAAUAAGACACAAAUAAGUCUCACUAGAAUUUCUAUGCAGCUAAAGAAUUACAUUAUAACCAAGGAUCCUCUCAGCAUCCUUUAUUUUAAUGUGACUUAUGGGGGCUUCCUUCUAACCCCAAACCGAGUGGAUUUUAGUAUGGAUUUUUUGAAUAUUAUAUAUUAAAUUUACGUCAAAGCCACAGCACAAGGGAUUUAGGCUAGACGUCGGGGAACAUUAUGAGUCGUGAGACACUAGGAAGGGAUCUACAUCAGGACGGGGAUGUGUCUUAUCUGAAUAUUUUCAACAAAAUGGCAGAAAGAUAUUCUUCUGGUGAGGUCUAGGUGCAGACUUUUACAGAUGCGUGACCUGAACCAAAGGGUUUUUUGAACUCAUAAUGUUCCCCGACAUCUAACCUAAGACCCUCCUACUGCGGCUUCAACGCAAACAUUAAAAAAAAAGAGGUCUAGGGCAAGACUUGAACAGAUACAUGGGCUGAACCAGAGGGCUUUUUGAGGCUCCUUCCCGAUUUUUGGCUCUAGGAGGUCCGUAGAAAUUUUUGCUGACUGGUCUCUUUGCAAACAGAUACGACAGCAGAGAAUCUCAACUCCCAACAGGCAGUGCUGAGCUGGGGGCAGGGGUAGUGGGGGAUGUUCUGAUCUCUCACAUUGCCAUCGUGGGAGGGGGUUGAAGGGCAGAAGCCCCUCCGCUUCUGGGAUCAACAGCUGAAGUGAGAAGAGGACUCUGAUUGGUGUGGACUUAAAGGAUGCGUUGAUACCAAGGACAUGGAUCAAGGGUCUGUUCAAAAGGACUAUAAGCUUGUUGUGGGCAGGUAA